GAGUGUGUCAUAAUGCCCCAAUGACAUGCACAUAUGCAAUAAGCAGAUUUAUGGUAAACAGCAUGCUUUUCCAAAACAAUAUCCUUCAAAUAACUUGUUGUCCAGUUCUUAGCAGAGUUGUAUGAUUGAAACCUAUGGCUUGUGAUAGCUGAGAAGUAAGUGACAUCUAUUUGGAGAGUUCUGAUUAGAUGUAACACAUCAGGUAACAUGGAUGAGCCAAUGCACAACCAGUCAGCUCAAGCUCCAGACAGCACAGCUGCAUCACCAGUGGCUGAGACCCUGGGAAAAGGCCUUCUGGACAUCUAUCAACCUGCCCUAGAGGACAGCAAAGACCACAUAGAUGAACUCCUGAAUGGCCAGAAUCGGUUGAUAAACUUGAUGCAGCAAGAGAAUGGCCGUUUCAAAGAAUGUGAAUACACUUACAAUAUAGCAGAGCUGUUGCAGCAAGUCCGCACGUACCACGGAAAAUUGACGAGGAUAAAGAAGCAAACAAAUAGCAUCCAAGAGAAGAGUGCAAAGUUAAAGCGGCGCUCGGUGCGGCUGAAGGAGCAGACCGAGGCCCGGGCGGAGCGGGCGCGGCUGGACCGGAUCCGGGCCAGGCAGAGGGAGGAGCAGCUGGUCGCCAAGUUCGCUGGGCCGUCCACCUGAGCACGCUGUCUUAAGCACCAUGCUGGGCCGUUGCUAGCCAUAGAGCGGAUUUUAUUCGGGACUAGGAAGGGUUAGGGCAUACGAGUGGCACGGGACCGCCCGGCCCCACAUAGUCAGCGAGCCGGGCGCCCGUGGCUCAUACAGAUCUGGCGCUUCGAGUGAUUCCAUUGCGGCGACGCGUUGCGCUUCGCGUGUUAUUGAUUUUGCGUGUAAUGUUGGACGGUGUCAUCCACUGGUCGCGUAUUAUAGGGACUAAGUCCCAGGAUACAUGAAAGCCGUGAAUAUACGUGUCGUUCGUUUG